AUGUCUACGCUUCAGUCCACGCCUUCCAAGCAGGCUGCCUCCGCAAUUGACACACUCAAGAUGUCAGACUCACCAGUAAAGAAGAUUGACUUCUUGUCUGCCGAGAAGGAGAACCGCUACAAGCCCAUCGUCGGUAUUCCCGACCUCGAGGCAGAGGCAGUAGACGAAGUCGACAAGAAGAUGCACGCUGUUGCACCUACCAUCAAGCCCGAAGAGGCAGACGAGCCUCUUCUGCAAGAAAACCCCAACCGCUUUGUGCUCUUCCCCAUCAAGUACCAUGAUGUCUGGCAAAUGUACAAGAAGGCUGAGGCUUCCUUCUGGACCGCCGAGGAGAUCGAUCUCUCCAAGGACCUGCACGACUGGAACAAGCGCCUCAACGACGACGAGCGCUUCUUCAUCUCCCACGUCCUCGCUUUCUUCGCAGCCUCCGAUGGCAUCGUCAACGAGAAUCUCGUCGAGCGGUUCUCUGGUGAGGUACAAAUUCCCGAAGCUCGAUGCUUCUACGGUUUCCAGAUCAUGAUGGAAAACGUCCACGCCGAGACAUACUCUCUCCUGAUCGACACAUACAUCAGCGAGCCCAGACAGCGCACAUAUCUCUUCAACGCCAUUGACAACAUUCCCUGCAUCCGCAAGAAGGCCGACUGGGCCCUACGAUGGAUCUCGGACAAGAACUCUACCUUCGCCAACCGUCUCGUUGCCUUUGCCGCCGUCGAGGGCAUCUUCUUCAGUGGAUCGUUCGCGUCCAUCUUCUGGCUGAAGAAGCGUGGUCUGAUGCCCGGUCUUACCUUUUCUAAUGAGCUCAUUUCUCGUGACGAGGGCAUGCACACAGACUUUGCUUGUCUGUUGUUCUCUCUGCUCAACAACCGUCCAAGCAAAGAUGCUGUGCAGGCCAUCAUCACCGAGGCCGUCGAGAUUGAGCAGGAGUUCCUGUCCGAUGCUCUCCCCUGCGCACUACUCGGUAUGAACGCUACUCUCAUGUGCCAGUACAUCGAGUUCGUCGCCGACCGUCUGCUCCUGGCUCUUGGCAACCCCAAGUACUACAACGCGACCAACCCCUUCGACUUCAUGGAGAACAUCUCGCUUGCCGGCAAGACCAACUUCUUCGAGAAGCGUGUUGGUGAUUACCAGAAGGCCGGUGUCAUGGCUAGCACAAAGAAGCAGGAGCAGACGGAAGGCUCGUCGUCUCCCGUCGAGGAGCAGGGCCUGUCUGGCGACUUCAACUUUGAGGAAGACUUCUAG